CAGGGGCCGGCCCCGCCAAUGCUACAGACAGCAUCUACUCACACCUUUGGGCAGACGACACGUGACGUCAUAACGUUGGCUCUGAGCGAGAGAGAGAGAGUGAGGAACAAAGCAGGCAUCAGCAACAAAGUUGUGUGUCUCCCUACACCGCCUACACACAGAACAGCAGACCCAUCCUUGACUUCUUAUCUUCUUCAUAGGGACAUAGAAAGGCCUUCCAUCUGCUGUUUUCAGUCUUCAGUUGCUGCAUCAUUGACAUAAUUUAAUAGAAGAUAAAAGUGUGGAAUGCACUAGAUCAGUGUAUAUAAGACUGACACUUGAGUCUCAACUUCACUACAGGUAGUGAGGACAGGUCUUAAAAUGGACGGGGUCCUGGUUUUUCUGGUCCUCUGUGGGACCCUGGCACCUGCACACAGUGCACUUACUCCUCCUGCAACCUUCCUUCCUUCCAACCCCUACACCACCACUCCAGCCACCCCUCCUCAGCCGACGACUAGAGCUGUGACAACCGUGAAACCAAGUGUCAUGAGUGGCACCUACCUGCUGACAGUGCCACAGAAAGCUAUACCGGGUUCAACUUCACCCUGGGGUACGAGUCGUUUGUCGACAGACCGGUGGAGCUCCAUGCCAGAAUCUAUGAGAUGGUGUAUGAUGGUGCGGCGGGUAGAUAUGCAUACCCGACUGUCGUCACCGCUACUGGCUCCUUUGUCAAAGGUCAGCCUGGUCUGCUAGACCUGCCUUUGCCGUCCAAUCUGAGGCAAGGGAAUUACUACUGGGAGAUGGGCUGUAACGACUGCGAUUUCCUCCCAUCUACUAACUACAACGACUAUGUUGUUCACACCACAAAAUACUAUGUUAGUGGAGGGCUAAACGUGGCCUACGACGUUACAACUAUUCUGGUACAGACGGACAAAGCCAUCUACAAGCCCGGACAGCUCGUGCAUUACAGGGUGUUUGCAGUGUACCCAGACCUCAGGAUGUACACUGGAAAAUUCCAGAUAGAAGUUUCGGAUCCUAAUGGAAAUAAAAUUCAAAGGCUGUCGGAAGUGUCUGGAACACAAGGUGUAGUGGAAGGAAGUCUAGGGUUAGCCGACAAGCCUCUCUUUGGAGACUGGACGAUCUCGGUACAAAUUCAGACAACAACACGUUCUGACUCGUAUUCUAAGAAGUUCUCGGUGCAGGAAUACACCUUGCCGAGGUUUGAAGUCAACGUCGACGUACCGUCCUACGUGCUGCUGACGGACGAAGACGUCAAGGGAUCCGUCAAGGCCACCUACACGUUUGGUCAGCCGGUGAAAGGCAUGGUGGAGCUCCACGUGUCCUCCAUGGCGGGGCUGGACUACUGCGGCAAGGAACCUCCCUUCAUGCAGAUCGCCUUUGACAUUGACGGAGAAGCGAAGUUCUCUGUACCCCGGGUAGACAUCAGCCGUGUGGUGAGCACCUACGACGGUUCUCAGAUUAAGAUAACAGCCAUUGUCAAGGAGACGUUGACGGACGUGAAGCUGCAGGGGUCGGCGGUGGUGACCUACAGGAGCACGCCGUACAAAGUGACCAUACUGGACAACACGCCUGGUGUCUUCAAGCCUGGACUUCCAUUCAGUCUCUUCGCCAAGGCUUCAAUGCAAGACGACAGUCCAGUGGCUGGUUCCACCACCAUGACCAUCUUCACAACGGCUCACUACAAUAUCCCCGCGGACAACAGCUUCCUGUACGGGGUGUCCCAGUUCACGGGUACCUACCCGUUGCCAGUAAGGACGAUUGAUGUUCCUCCAUCCGGUGUAGUCAAGAUCGACAUCGACAUCCCCUCCAACGCCACCUCGCUUGACAUCACUGUUGACUUUAAAGGCGUGAAAGCCAGCAAGAAUAUCAACAAAAUGUUCUCCAUCAGCAAUAACUACCUGCAGCUGACACUUCUCGACAACAACCUGAAGAGUGGUCAGACAGCCCGCAUUCAAGCAAAGGCCACGGAACCCGUUUAUCGUCUCUGGUACCAGGUAGUCGCCCACCUUAUGUUUUGCAUGGCUUAUUAUUAUCAUUGUUGUUGUUGUUGUUGUUCUUGUUGUUGUUAUUAUUGUUGUUGUUGUUGUUGUUAUUAUUAAAAGCAGUUGCCAAGU